CAGCGCAGCCCGAUAUGGGAUCUUUGAUGCGACAGCAAAAAUUGUAGUGACAGGACUCCAGCCAGCUGUGACGAUGCUCCUCCUGCUGCUCCUUCUGCUGCUGCUGUUGGGUCCUCACCGCAGCACCUGCACCGUCGCCAACCGUGUUCGUCGUGGAGAUGUACCAAGUGCACCGCCACAGAAUGUGAGCGUCAACUUUCACAGCGCUGGAUCUGAGACGGCAUUCACCCUGACGUGGGAUCCCCCAAGUGCAGAUACAACCAACGGGGACAUCACCGGGUACUCGCUGCGCAUUCAGCCCGCUGGUCCAAGCCCACCGUCCUGGCUGUACGGCUCAUCUGCCAGCGACUCGUUCCUCGGCGUCGAAGAGGUUGUUGCCGCCAACCCCACCUCGUAUUCCCUAUCGGCAAGCGAUGCGUACCCAUUUGCCCAGUACCAAAUCGUGCUCGCAGCAAUCAACAGCGCUGGCAUGGGCCCGGUGAGCCUCAGCACGUUUUCACGGCCCUCGGGGCCGCCGUCCGGACAGCCGCGGUCGGCUUCGGCUUUGCUUGUCAACUCGGACCAGCGGAUCGAGUUUCCGCCCAUCGCCGACCAGGUCACUGUGCAGUGGACGGCACCGGCGGGCCUGUGGGUGGCCAACACGCCGCUGCAGGCCUUUGACAUUGACGCCAUUCCAAACCCAGAGAGCACUACAACGAGCGACAUCAUUUCCACGCGCGUGCAGGUCACGUGGGACAGUUCGCAGCCCACGGACCAGCGGUUUGAGGCGACCAUCACCGGCCUCACCCCCGCCACGCAGUACCUCGUCCGCGUGUACUCUAUCGGGCGUGGCGGCGACCGCAACGACGAUUCCGGGCUCGCUGUCAUCACCACGCGCGCAAGCGUACCCUCCAUUGCGCCCACUGGGCUUCGCCUGGAUAACCGGUCGGCAACAACGCUGGCAGUCUCGUGGGAUGCGCUGGAUACAGCCACCCCUGGCACCAACGGCGACAUUGUCGGCUAUGGUGUGCAGGCGGUGCCCAGCGCGGGUCAGGACGCUUCGUGCAUCGCAGUCGCCUGCGCGCCGCCCGCACAGUGCCAGGGCGAGACGUGGUGCGCCUUUGGGGCGUGCAUGUACACGGCGCUGCCAGACACCACGCUGUGCGAUGACGGCAGAGCAGACACGAUUGGCGACAGGUGCGUCGAUGGCCAUUGUGUCGGAGAAGUGUACGGUGCGCACGCAACAGUCGUCCCCGUCCCGCGCCACCUGAGCCACGACCAGCAGAGCUACGGCGCAGGGUACAUGCCGCGGCUUGGGGAGUGGUGGUACCCGUAUUGGGCAGUGGCCAGGAUCGACCGCCUGACCGGUGACGGGCGCUUCUUAGGGUCGUUUGACACGCCAGACAACACGCGGGAAAUGAAGCAGGUGUGGGGCGAGCCAGACUCGCUGUACUACUACACGGCAAGCUUCUCCAACCACUGCCGCAAGCUUGGCCCGUUCCCGACCAGCGCCGUUGUGUGGACAUACACGCCGCAGCCCUCGCGCCCCGUUGGCGGUGUGGCCACAGACGCCGCGUUUGCGUACUGCAUCCAGACAUCGCGAGCAACGGUGCACGUGGUCAACAAGGACACUGGCACGCGCAACCACACGUUUGACCUGACGGGCGGGGAGAUUGGUGAUCUACACGGGGUGUUUGCCGUGGUGAAGGACAAGCUGUACUACGGCACAGGCAACCGCAUCUACCGCCACAACCUCAGCAACGGCGCCUUUGACGGGUUUAGGAUUGACGUGCCCAUUGAGCGCAUGUACUCGUCCGCGUUCACGGGGCGCGACCUCUGCCUCAGCGACAACAACAACAACAUCUACUGCUACCAGGUUGUCACGCACACCAUCUGGCCAGAGGCCUCUGCGCCGCAGCUGCUCAAGGACACCGCCCAAUCGUAUUCUCUCAUUGUCACCGACACCGGCAAUGCCGCUGCAGGCUUCCUUCCCUGGCUCAACCAGUACUGGUUUGUGCCAUUCGCGUCAACAUCCGUGCUGCGCUACAGCGCGGAUGGCAGUGCCAUCGACUCAGCCCACUCCGUGCCCGUCACCAACGUCCGCCAGUUGUGGGCCGACGCACACAGCGAGCACAUCUACCUCGUCAAUGAGACCAGCGUGCUGAAGUAUCAUGAGCCAACGGGUGCCAUGGCAUGGCAAGCCGCAGUCGGAGACGGGGAUCUCGCUGGCGUGACGCAGCACGACGGCCUCGUGUACGCAGCGACGGAGCUUGGAGACACGCUCUUCGUCCUGAGUGCGAUUGAUGGAUCGUCAAUGUCUUCGCUGACCCUCGUGGACUCGGCCUCCAACACCUUGUCGCUGUCGUGCAAAGGCCUCGCUGCCACCCACGGCAUCAUCUUCCGCAUCUCCGCGGCCACGGUCAUCAGCUUUGACGUGGUGACGGGUGAGCGUGCCGCCAUCGCCUUCAACAUUGGCUUCGUGCCCUUCAACACCGUGUUUAAUGGCCGCGACCUCUGCUUCAGCGCAGAGUCUGUGCCUCUCCGCUGCUUCCCCCUUCUGUCCGGAAACGUGUACACGCCCGCCGCCGACGGCAAUCCACCUCUGCUGUCGGGCUCAUCGGUGCUCACGCAAAGCGAGAACGAGCAGCUCUCGCUGCUGCUGCCAGGCCGUGUGUUCACGCGCUGCUAUUCUGCUUCUGCGACAGAAGGGUUUGCUGUGUCCUUCCUCAGCACGUGCGCCAACACAGGUCCGGCUGUUGUUGUGGUGCGGGCAACAAGCGGGCGUGUGUUUGGCGGCUUUGCGAACACCGUGUGGCCGCAGACGUACGGCUGUCAUCGCGACACGCGUGCGUUUCUCUUCACCAUCCACAACGGGCGCGUGUACAGAACGGAUGAGGACGUGACUGCCCCUUCCUGCGCUGUCACCUUGCGCGACUUUCCCUGCCCCUCUUUCGGUGACGGCCCUGAUUUGGCGUUUGGGCCCGGGUGCAUGAACGGCACAGCAACGGCGUCUGCGUUCCACAUCGCCCACAACGUUGGGGCUGGGGAGUACACGGACACGUGGCUUGCCGGGUCGUCGUCGUUUGACGUGGAUGCGCUCGAGGUGUUUGCCAUGACGGAGGAGGUGGCUGACCCCUGCGCAGAUGUGCAGUGCCCACAGUCGCCGUGUCUGCUCUCCAGCUACUGUUCCCACGGUGCGUGUGUGUCCACGCCCGUUGCAGACGGCCUGCCCUGUGACGACGAUGAUGCAAGCACCGGCGGCGACGUGUGCCGUGGUGGCGUCUGCACGGGCACGCCCCACUUUGCCACCACCACUGCGCUGACAAUCGACGGCCUGCACCCUUCGCGAGCGUACGAUGUGCGGGUGCGGGCAUACACGAGUGUUGGCAGCGGGCCGUGGAGUGCUGCGCUUCAGGGGAUGACGCGCGUGGGACCGCCGAGCCAGGACGCAACCGAGGUUGUUGUGGACGAUGUCACAAACACGACCAUCACCCUGUCCUGGCAUGAACCGCCGCCUUCAACUGUCAACGGCGAACUCACAGGAUACAAGGUUGUGUAUGUUGCAGCCGAUGGUUUGAGCGACGCUGUUGCCACAGAUAUAGACACGCGCACGGUGACGUUGCGGCGGCUGCGGCCGUUCACCACGUACACCAUCUACGUCCGAGCCGUCAACCAGGCGGGUGCAUCGGCGGAUAUGCGCAACACGACGGUGAAGACCGCGGAGGCCAUCCCCGGUCCACCGUCCAAUGUGCAACUGGUGCGGGAGAGCAGCCAGGAGCAGGUGGGUGGUGUUCGUGUGCAUUGGCAGCCACCCGAAGACCCCAAUGGCGUCGUCCUCCGCUAUGUCAUCUACUACGCAGAGUUGGGUGGUGUGUGGCUGUGGGCGGAGACACCCUCUGGGGAGGACCGAUCUCACCUGCUGACCAAUGUCCUCACGCCGCUCGUCCUCGUCUCAGCCGCGACCUCCGUUGGGGAGGGCCCGCGUGCAACCGCUGCUGUCCCGCUCCUGCCAGUGCUCGAUGCCAUCCCCGACGGCGGUGGCGUCGCUGAAGGCACCGGGUGCUCGCCCCUCACGUCACCCCCGCCGGCAUCAGGUGGGAAUUCCCUUGCGUAUGAAAGGGCGCGAGCAACGGCGCGGGCGCGCGUGGACCGGUUUGGCAACGUGCGGUUCUGCACUGGUGACGCCGAGGGCAAUGCCGAUGCCGAUGCUGCUGCGGAUGAUGCUGCUGCAAGCCCGCGUGUGCUGCUGAACGGUGUGGACGUGGUUGGGGUGUCGGCAUCGGUGCAAGAGGAUGUGGUGCUGCGCUUGCGCGAGCAGGAGCUCAUUACAGCUCACACAGACCUUGACUCGAAACUGAGCAACUUGCUGCAGGUUGCUGCAGGAUUUGGCAGCAGGUGA